AUGGAGCCGCCCGCCGUGCCAGUGAGCGCCGCGGUCCGGGAGCACCUGCGGAAGUUGUGUCUGCGCGAGUUCCCGUGCGGCACGGGCAGCUGGAAUAAGUCGCGCUUUCUUCCUCAAACUUACCGAGCAUGGCGGGAGCUGAUCCCCAGCGAGGAGGAUGCUGUGGGCCCCGAGGAGGAGACGGUGGAUGCCCUGCUGGGCCUGGUCUGCAGCCCGCACUCACCCUGGGCCCUGCUGGAGGGCUCAAGCGCUAAGGACCGUUUUCUGAGAGAGCUGGCCAUCCAGAAUCCCCGGGUGCUCAGAGACAGCUUCUUCUACACCUACUUCAGGUCGCUACGGGUGGUGGACAAGCAGGUGAGCCUGGUGGACAAAGACCUCCUGAAAUUUGUGAAGCUUGAAGAGUUGGUGCUGGGUGCUAAUCAAAUCAAGGAGAUUGACCCCACCAACCUGCCCCCAACUCUCAAGGUGCUGGAGCUCUACGGCAACAAGAUGACCAGCAUGGAGUGUCUGUGCGCCCGCCCGCCCCCAAGGCUCCAGCACUUGGGGUUGGGUCACAACAAGCUUCUGGGCCCCCUGGAGAGUCUGUACGUCACCGGUGAUUACUGGCCCGGCCUCAUCUCCCUGGACCUGAGCUUCAACGACCUGACGGACCUGCAGGGCAUGGUGGCUGGCCUCCGAACGCUGCGGCACCUGAGGUUGCUGGUGCUGCAGGGGAACCCGCUGGCCCUGGUGCCCUGCUACCGGGGCUUCGUCAUUGACAGCCUGUCCGGGCUCUGCGUGCUGGACGACGUCACCGUGGCCCCCAGCGAGAAGCGUCUGUUCCGUGGGCUCAGCCAGAGCGGGGAUCUCCUGGCGCAUGAGGCACGGUUAGUGGUGACGGUUGGACAUGUCACAGGGGUUCUGGACUCCUCGGUCUUGGACCCGGAUCCAGGGCCCCAAGGCCCUUUCAUCACUUACAGCUAUUAUGUAACGUACGAGUUUGUGGAAGAUGAGGAAGGCGAAGGAAAUGAAGACGGCCGCGUGCUGGCUGAGAUCGUCAGGCCCUCGCCCCGCACGGAACAGCUGGGUGAGGACAUUCCCGAAGAGCCCAUCAAAGAGGCUGAAGGCUCCGUAGGGUCUGGGCUGGCCUCCCAGCCCCAGUCCGGGUUGCUGGAGGAGUCCGGCGCCUCAGCGCCCUUGCCGCGGUCCACAGCCUCUGCAGAAGAGCUGGCCAAGCUGCGGCCGCGCCCGGAUCCCCGGCUCUGCCCGUCCCCGGGGACAGUUCUCUUUAGCACAGUCCGCAGGCCCUGGUCUGACGUCAUUCCCUGCAACUACGAGCUGCAGCACACGCUCAAGGACCUGGUGCCGCUCAAGGCCUUCCUGCUCUCAGGGACCACCGUCACCAUCGUGGAGGAGAAGGUUCUCUCCUGGCCUGCGGUGCCCCCUUCCCCCAACAGUCCCUCGGCUGCUAAGAAGGGAAAGGGAGAGAAGGCCAAGAAAGGGAAGGAGAAAGACAAGGAAGAGAAAGACAAGAAGGGAAAAGAUGGGAAGGACAAAGCAGGUAACGGGGAGAAAGAACCAGCCAAGGAGCCAAAGGGGAGCAAGAAGGAGAGGCUUCGUAAGGAUCUGCGCCAGGACGCGCCCGCCCUCCGGGUGCUGGGCAGUGGCCCGGUGGCCCUGGCGCCCCUGCUCUCUGGGGAGCCAUCCGUGUCCACCGUGUGCAACUUUGGGGUGGUCCGCACCUUGGAGACCGACAGGCUGACGCUUUACAGGGAUUCAAAGAAGAAUAGGAGUAAGAAAGCUAAAAAUGCGGCUCUGGAGGCCAGGAAGUCAAAGACCAAGUUGCCAGCGGCAUCAGAAAUCAGCAAGCUGAUUCUCAAGUUCAUAUAGAAAUUCAAAGGAUCUAGAAUAGCCAAAACAACUUUGAAAAAGAACAAAGGACUUACACUACUGGAAUUGAAGACCCAGACAAAUAUGGACAUGAGAUUUGUGAUUGAAUCCUGGGGUUAAAAUGGGCUUAAACAAACCUUUUUUUUUUUUUUUACAUUUUUGCAAAUUUCUUUAA